CUUCAUCCCAGCAACUCAGAAUGCUUGGCCCCGGCGGCACUCGGCCUCUCCGCAGCAGUUCUCGAACUGGCCUCCUUGAACGUCCUCUUCCCCUUUGUUUCUGCAGCCUGGAUCUGGGGGACGGCAGGCCAGGCCCGGCGUGACCCCUGGUGAACCGUGGCCGCCUUUUCCCACCCCUGCCCUCCCAUCCUCCCUUCUCGUUUCACCCCGCCCCCUCUCUCCUCCCCAAGCCUGACAGCCCGCGAGCUGCCAAGCAGGGCGCAGCCAUGGGAAGAGGAGGAGGGCUAGGGAGCGGCGGCGGCGGCGGCGGCGGCGGCGGCAGCAGCGGCUGCUACAGUGGCGGUGGCGGCGGCGGCUGCUGCUGAGCCCGGGCGGCGGCGGGGACCCCGGUCUGGGGCCACGCGGGCCGGAGGCCCCGGCACCAUUGGCCCCAGCGCAGACGCGAACCCGCGCUCUCUGAUCAGAGGCGAAGCUCGGAGGUCCUACAGGUAUGGAUCUCUGGCAGCUGCUGUUGACCUUGGCACUGGCAGGAUCAAGUGAUGCUUUUUCUGGAAGUGAGGCCACAGCAGCUAUCCUUAGCAGAGCACCCUGGAGUCUGCAAAGUGUUAAUCCAGGCCUAAAGACAAAUUCUUCUAAGGAGCCUAAAUUCACCAAGUGCCGUUCACCUGAGCGAGAGACUUUUUCAUGCCACUGGACAGAUGCAGUUUAUCAUGGUUCAAAGAACCUAGGACCCAUACAGCUGUUCUAUACCAGAAGGAACACUCAAGAAUGGACUCAAGAAUGGAAAGAAUGCCCUGAUUAUGUUUCUGCUGGGGAAAACAGCUGUUACUUUAAUUCAUCAUUUACCUCCAUCUGGAUACCUUAUUGUAUCAAGCUAACUAGCAAUGGUGGUACAGUGGAUGAAAAGUGUUUCUCUGUUGACGAAAUAGUGCAACCAGAUCCACCCAUUGCCCUCAACUGGACUUUACUGAACGUCAGUUUAACUGGGAUUCAUGCAGAUAUCCAAGUGAGAUGGGAAGCACCACCCAAUGCAGAUAUUCAGAAAGGAUGGAUGGUUCUGGAGUAUGAACUUCAAUACAAAGAAGUAAAUGAAACUAAAUGGAAAAUGAUGGACCCUAUAUUGUCAACAUCAGUUCCAGUGUACUCAUUGAAAGUGGAUAAGGAAUAUGAAGUGCGUGUGAGAUCCAAACAACGAAACUCUGGAAAUUAUGGCGAGUUCAGUGAGGUGCUCUAUGUAACACUUCCUCAGAUGAGCCAAUUUACAUGUGAAGAAGAUUUCUACUUUCCAUGGCUCUUAAUUAUUAUCUUUGGAAUAUUUGGACUAACGGUGAUGCUAUUUGUAUUCUUAUUUUCUAAACAGCAAAGGAUUAAAAUGCUGAUUCUGCCCCCAGUUCCAGUUCCAAAGAUUAAAGGAAUCGAUCCAGAUCUCUUCAAGGAAGGAAAAUUAGAGGAGGUGAACACAAUCUUAGCCAUUCAUGAUAGCUAUAAACCCGAAUUCCACAGUGAUGACUCUUGGGUUGAAUUUAUUGAGCUAGAUAUUGAUGAGCCAGAUGAAAAGACUGAGGGAUCAGACACAGACAGACUUCUAAGCAGUGACCAUGAGAAAUCACAUAGUAACCUAGGGGUGAAGGAUGGUGACUCUGGACGUACCAGCUGUUGUGAACCUGACAUUCUGGAGACUGAUUUCAAUGCCAAUGACAUACAUGAGGGUACCUCAGAGGUUGCGCAGCCACAGAGGUUAAAAGGGGAAGCAGAUCUGUUAUGCCUUGACCAGAAGAAUCAAAAUAACUCACCUUAUCAUGAUGCUUGCCCUGCUACUCAGCAGCCCAGUGUUAUCCAAGCAGAGAAAAACAAACCACAACCACUUCCUACUGAAGGAGCUGAGUCAACUCACCAAGCUGCCCAUAUUCAGCUAAGCAAUCCAAGUUCACUGGCAAACAACGACUUUUAUGCCCAGGUGAGCGACAUUACACCAGCAGGUAGUGUGGUCCUUUCCCCGGGCCAAAAGAAUAAGGCAGGGAUGUCCCAGUGUGACAUGCACCCGGAAAUGGUCUCACUCUGCCAAGAAAACUUCCUUAUGGACAAUGCCUACUUCUGUGAGGCAGAUGCCAAAAAGUGCAUCCCUGUGGCUCCUCACGUCAAGGUUGAAUCACACAUACAGCCAAGCUUUAACCAAGAGGACAUUUACAUCACCACAGAAAGCCUUACCACUGCUGCUGGGAGGCCUGGGACAGCAGAACAUGUUCCAGGUUCUGAGAUGCCUGUCCCAGACUAUACCUCCAUUCAUAUGGUACAGUCCCCACAGGGCCUCAUACUCAAUGCGACUGCCUUGCCCUUGCCUGACAAAGAGUUUCUCUCAUCGUGUGGCUAUGUGAGCACAGACCAACUGAACAAAAUCGUGCCUUAGCCUUUCUUUGGUUUCCCAAGAGCUACGUAUUUAAUAGCAAAGAAUUGGCUGGGGCAAUAACGUUUAAACCAAAAUAAUGUUUAAACCUUUUUUGGGGGAGUGACAGGGUGGGAUAUGGAUUCUAAAAUGCCUUUUCCCAAAAUGUUGAAAUAUGAUGUUAAAAAAAAAGAAGAAUGCUUAAUCAGAUAGAUAUUCCUAUUGUGCAAUGUAAAUAUUUUAAAGAAUUGUGUCAGACUGUUUAGUAGCAGUGAUUGUCUUAUUAUUGUGGGUGUUAAUUUUUGAUACUAAGCAUUGAAUGGCUAUGUUUUUAAUGUAUGGUAAAUCACGCUUUUUGAAAAAGUGAAAAAAUCAGGUGGCUUUUGCAGUUCAGGAAAAUUGAAUGUAAACCAUAGCACAGGCUAAUUUUUUGUUGUUUCUUAAAUAAAAAACUUUUUUAUUUAAAAAACUAAAUUAAAACUAGAGGUGAGAAAUUUAAACUAUAAGCAAGAAGACAAAAAUAGUUUGGAUAUGUAAAACAUUUAUUUUGACAUAAAAUUGAUAAAGAUAUUUUUAAUAAUUUAGACUUCAAGCAUGGCUAUUUUAUAUUACACUACACACUGUGUACUGCAGUUGGUAUGACCCCUCUAAGGAGUGUAGCAACUACAGUCUAAAGCUGGUUUAAUGUUUUAGCCAAUGCACCUAAAGAAAAACAAACUAGUUUUUUACGAAGCCCUUUUAUACCUCCCCAGACUCCUUCAACAAUUCUAAAAUGAUUGUAGUAAUCUGCAUUACUGGAACAUAAUUGUUUUAUCUGAAUUUUUAAACAAAUAUUUGUUAAUUCAGAAAACUUUAAAGUGUUUGCACAGAUCAACUUACCGGGCACCAAAAGAAAUAAAAGCAAAAAAAAAAGAAAACCUUUUUUCACCAAAUCUUGGUUGAUGCCAAAAGAAAUACAUGCUAAGAGAAGUAGAAAUCAUAGCUGGUUGAUACGGACCAAGAUGCUUAAGUGCUGCAGUUGCACGCGGAGUGAGUUUUUUAGUGCGUGCAGAUGGUGAGAGAUAAGAUCUAUAGCCUCUGCAGUGGAAUCUGUUCUCACCCAACUUGGUUUUGCUACAUAAUUAUCCAGGAAGGGAAUAAAGUACAAGAAGCAUUUUGUAAGUUGAAGCAAAUCGAAUGAAAUUAACUGGGUAAUGAAACAAAGAGUUCAAGAAAUAGGUUUUUGUUUCACAGUCUAUAACCAGACACAUACUCAUUUUUCAUGGUAAUGAACAGAACAUAGACAGAAGAAACAAGGUUUUCAGUCCCCACAGAUAACUGAAAAUUAUUUAAACAGCUAAAAGAAACUUUCUUUCUCACUAAAUCUUUUAUAGGAUUUAUUUAAAAUAGCAAAAGAAGAAGUUUCAUCAUUUUUUACUUCCUCUCUGAGUGGAUUGGCCUCAAAGCAAGCAUUCAGAAGAAAAAGAAGCGACCUCAGUAAUUUAGAAAUCAUUUUGCAAUCCCUUAAUAUCCUAAACAUCAUUCAUUUUUGUUGUUGUUGUUGAGACAGAGUCUCGCUCUGUCGCCCGGCUAGAGUGCAGUGGCGCGAUCUUGGCUCACUGCAAUCUCCACCUCUCACAGGUUCAAGUGAUUCCCCUGCCUCAGCUUCCUGAGUAGCCGGGACUACAGGCACGCACCACCACGCCAGGCUAAUUUUUUUGUAUUUUAGCAGAGACGGGGUUUCAACCUUUUUGGCCAGGAUGGUCUCGAUCUCCUGACCUCGUGAUCCACCCAACUCGGCCUCCCAAAGUGCUGGGAUUACAGGCGUGAGCCACCGCACCCGGCCCUAAACAUAAUUCUUAAGAGCACUGGGAUAUCUCCUGAAAAGGUUUAUGAAAAAGAAGAAUCUCAUCUCAGUGAAGGAUACUUCUCAUUUUUAAAAAAAGCUUAAAACUUUGAAGUUAGCUUUAACUUAAAUAGUAUUUCCCAUUUAUCGCAGACCUUUUUUAGGAAGCAAGCUUAAUGGCUGAUAAUUUUAAAUUCUCUUUCUUGCAGGAAGGACUAUGAAAAGCUAGAAUUGAGUGUUUAAAGUUCAACAUGUUAUUUGUAAUAGAUGUUUAAUAGAAUUUCUUCUACUUUGCUGCUAUGGUUUUCUCCAAGAGCUACAUAAUUUAGUUUCAUAUAAAGUAUCAUCAGUGUAGAACCUAAUUCAAUUCAAAGCUGUGUGUUUGGAAGACUAUCUUACUAUUUCACAACAGCCUGACAACAUCUCUAUAGCCAAAAAUAGCUAAAUACCUCAAUCAGUCUCAGAAUGUCAUUUUGGUACUUUGGUGGCCACACAAGCCAUUAUUCACUAGUAUGACUAGUUGUGUCUGGCAGUUUAUAUUUAACUCUCUUUAUGUCUGUGGAUUUUUUUCCUUCAAAGUUUAAUAAAUUUAUUUUCUU